UUUCAUUGCGUUGAUAUGCCAACUUUAGCUAUGCCCCCUGGUAAACGCGCAAUUCUAGACGCUGUUUAUCUUUUAUUUCGAAAAGAGGUUGUGUACAAGAACAGCUUCGUGAAUCAUUUGGCAAACAAUAAGGAUGUUUACCUUUUUACCGUGCCAGCCGCCAGAACGGAAUCGUAUGAAAGUCAUAAUCAUCUUCGAAUUAUUAAGGUGGUAAUGAAUUUUUGGACCAAUGUUGUUUGUUUAAACUUCACUAUUCGAUGGAUCUGGAUCGGCUUUCGUUAUCAGGAAAACCUGGAAGUCAAAGUCAACAAGUCUCUUAAAUUUUACGGUAUCUUUGGAUUAAUCUGUGUGUUUCUAACUAGUCUGGCUGGAUGUUGUGUUAUGUGGUUCACAGAUAUUUACGUCGAAGAAAUAAUAAAUCAAAUGACCAUAAGAGAAGGUUCGGAUGUGUACGAGGCGUGGAGGAAACCGCCGGUCAAGCCGCUGAUUUGCGUCCACAUUUUCAAUUAUACGAACCUCCCGAGGUUCUCUCAAGGGCUUGACGAGAAAAUUAAAUUGGAAGAAGUCGGCCCUUACUGCUACAGGGAAACUCUGGAGAAAAAGAACAUCACUUUCAAUAAUGACGGCACUGUAACUUAUGGUGACACAAGGAAGCACGAGUUUGAACCAUCUUAUUCAAAAGGUUUUCAGAACGAUACCGUAAUCGUUCCAAAUUUGUCAUUUAUUAGUACUGUUGCAAUGAGCAGGCACUUAUCCCCCUAUCUGCAGGUUGGGAUUUCGUUCACUUUAAGAAAUAUCAUCAGGUUUACAAAUUCAACCAUCAGUGUGACAGCUCACGAUUUUUUGUUUGGCUAUAAUGAUAGGAUAGUCAAAUACGGCUCUGAAAUAGCGAGGCUUCUACAGCAAGAUGUACCUUUUGACAAAUUUGGGAUUCUCGCACAGAGAGCUGCGAUCACUGAAGAAACGACAACUGUCAGGACAGGAACGAACGAUGUAGACAGAAUCGGCGUAGUUACAGAAAUAAACGGUCAAACCUCUUUGGACGCUUGGCCGGAGGAAGAGUGUAACAAGAUCGAUGGAAGCGACGGAGCAUUUUUCCCAAGGAGGACUCUCAACGAAUCAGCAACUAUUUAUUUAUUCCACAAAGACAUGUGUCGCAAGAUGCCAUUCGUUUAUGAAAAAGAAGUAGAGUUUCAAGAUGGGGUGGUAGCAAUGAGAUUCCAUGCGGCACCUGAUGUUUACAAUACAAAUGGAACUUGCUAUUGUCCGGAGUCUGGAUGUGCACCGGACGGUGUAUUUGAUCUUUCGCCAUGUGCUAUGGGAGCACCUAUAAUGAUGUCGUUUCCCCAUUUUCUAUACGGUGAUCCUUCUCUUAGCGAACCGUUUGAAGGACUUCAUCCUGACCCUGAGAAACACGAAUUCUACAUUGAUAUACAAAGACUAUUGGGUUUCACACUUGGUACAGUAUCAAGGUUGCAGCUAAACAUACAAAUACACCAAUCAACUUGGAUGCCUGAGAUUAAAGGUUUUCCCAAUGAAAUUAUCUUGCCAGUCGUCUGGCUUCAAGUCUCAGCGGAAAAAAUGCCACCAGAGUUGUUCAAUAUUAUUUAUCAUGCGACAUUCACAGUGAAGCGUAUGCAGUACGCUCUGAUGUGGGGGACCUUAUUCGCUACCCUUAUUUCAGCUGUAUUCCUUUUUUAUUACAUAAAAAAAGUACAAAGAGAAACGAAAAGAGAUGUCGAGGUGUUACCUGUUAACGAAACGGUCAUACUGACGACAAAUUUAAACAAUAAAGUGUGAUAUAGACGAAAGACUUUUUUUUUUCAAAUUAAAUUUUGGGCGGGUUUCAGAUAAUUGUGAUUCGUAAAUAACUGUAUAUAUAAUUUUAUUUUGUAAUUUUAGUGUAAACAAUGUGUUCCUAUUUCAAUAUUGUCAAUUAUUGUAUAUAAUGGUGAUAAAUUUUUAAAAAAUUAUAUAUUUUCUGUUACCAUGUAUAUAUAGGUAUAUAAUAGGUCGGUGAAAAAUAUUUUUCCCUUAGUCAACAUUGCUCAAAUUAUGGAUAUUUAGGUAUUUUAAUGGAUACUUUGUAUAUUUUUUCACAAAAUAAUGACCGAUUAUCCCCUUUCGUCAUUGUUAUUUUUGUAUAAAUUGUUGACAAAUUUUCUUUAGUUUUAAGUGCCAUGAAGAUCUUUUGUUACUACUGAAUAAUUUAUAAUAAAAAUAUUAUGUUAAU